AGUACAGGCCAGACGCUCGCGCAUUUCUGAUCCGGUGGCAGUGAUGUUAUUUGAAACCCGGGGCUGGUAGUAACGGGAAAUUCAGCCGUGCUGUUAUGUGUAAAGAUUUUGGCAAUUUUUUCGUUGAUUUAACGUCUACUUCCAUGGUCAUUCAUCGAGCACUGCAGGUUGUUAAAUCUGUAGCAGCCUUUGAUUUCAUGGAUUUGUCGUUGGAUAGCAGUGAAUAUUGCCAGGCACAACACACUACAUUGAAUGUGACCUCAUAUUAAAUAAUCAUUUUUGAAUGUUAAGCUUGUUUAUUGAGCACAUAUUGAUUCUACUCCAUCCUUGUUGUUAAAUUAUAUUUAUUUUAUACAUUAGUUUUGCAUAACUUGUUGAUUAAAAGAACUAAACUCCAUUUUAUUGUUUAAUGGAUUAACGGACUUUUUGUGCCUUGCCUCAAAUUUUGAAUUGAACUAUACAAGUAAUAGUCCAAAUAAGAUUACCUACAUUUUAACUGUAGCAACUAAUUUGUUAGCUUGACAUGAGUAACGAAGCUAUCAUGCGCCAAAAAGAUAUCAGACCUCCUCCAUGUGAGAUUGAGUAUAAAGGCAUGAGAUUUUUAAUCACAGACAGGCCUAAUGAUCAGAUCAUCCAUAAUUAUUUAGCUGAAUUAAAGAGACAUAAUGUCAAACAUGUCGUACGUGUUUGUGAGCCAACAUAUAAAAUUGAUGAAUUAAAAGCUGAAGGUAUUAUGGUUUCUGACUUAGCAUAUGAUGAUGGGACAUCCCCAGCUAAUGAACUGAUUGAUGAAUGGUUUGAACUAUUACGUAACCAGUUUCGUGCAGAUGAACAUUCAUGUGUUGCAGUACAUUGUGUAGCUGGACUAGGUCGUGCACCAGUACUAGUAGCAUUAGCACUUAUUGAACUGGGAUUAAAAUAUGAAGAUGCAGUUCAAUUGAUUAGAGAGAAAAGAAGAGGAGCAAUCAAUGCUAAACAAUUGGCCUUUUUAGAAAAAUAUCGUCCAAAAUCUAGACUGAAGAUGAAAAAUGGACAUAAGACAAACUGCUGUGUCCAAUGAACACUCAUUGUAUAGUGUUCUACCUACAUAAGUUAAUAACCAUUUUAAGCAUAGCACCAACAUAAUCACUAAACCAAAAUUUACACAUAUUGUAACAUUCGUUUAAAAUAUUAACGAUCAAUAAUAUAUGCUGUUUUGGAAUAUAAAAUCUGAUAACUUUUU